CGUUACUUGCCGCUACAGUGUAAGACCUACAUCAUGAAGGGCGUUACCUGCCGCUACAGUGUAAGACCUACAUCAUGAAGGGCGUUACUUGCCGCUACAGUGUAAGACCUACAUCACGAAGGGCGUUACUUGCCGCUACAGUGUAAGACCUACAUCACGAAGGGCUUUACUUGCCGCUACAGUGUAAGACCUACAUCACGAAGGGCGUUACUUGCCGCUACAGUGUAAGACCUACAUCACGAAGGGCUUUACUUGCCGCUACAGUGUAAGACCUACAUCACGAAGGGCGUUACUUGCCGCUACAGUGUAAGACCUACAUCACGAAGGGCUUUACUUGCCGCUACAGUGUAAGACCUACAUCACGAAGGGCGUUACUUGCCGCUACAGUGUAAGACCUACAUCAUGAAGGGCGUUACCUGCCGCUACAGUGUAAGACCUACAUCACGAAGGGCGUUACCUGCCGCUACAGUGUAAGACCUACAUCACAAAGGGCUUUACUUGCCGCUACAGUGUAAGACCUACAUCACGAAGGGCGUUACUUGCCGCUACAGUGUAAGACCUACAUCACGAAGGGCGUUACUUGCCGCUACAGUGUAAGACCUACAUCACGAAGGGCUUUACUUGCCGCUACAGUGUAAGACCUACAUCACGAAGGGCGUUACUUGCCGCUACAGUGUAAGACCUACAUCACGAAGGGCGUUACUUGCCGCUACAGUGUAAGACCUACAUCAUGAAGGGCGUUACUUGCCGCUACAGUGUAAGACCUACAGUGUCUAUAGAAGGUGAUGCCACUUUACAUUCACAUUUGAGUAAUUUAUCAGCUAAUGAAGGUGAGACCACAUACCAUGAUGAUCACAAGACAUCUUUGUUUAAAGUGUUGGUAGCUACCGAGGUGCACGAAUCAAAGCAAGCGACGGAAACUAAAUGUUUCCUUCUCAGGUGCGUCUGAUGGGUGUGGUCUCUAAGGGCCAGCCCACUCUAGUUGUCAUGGAGCUGAUGACCCAUGGCGACCUGAAGAGCUACCUGCGCUGCCUCCGCCCCGACUCUGAGAAUAACCCUACUGGGCGCCCGCCCCCCACGCUGAGGGAGAUGGUCCAGAUGACAGCAGAGAUAGCAGACGGCAUGGCCUACCUCAACGCCAAAAAGUUUGUCCACAGAGAUCUGGCCGCUAGGAACUGCAUGGUGGCACAGGACUUCACUGUCAAGAUAGGAGACUUUGGUAUGACCAGAGACAUCUAUGAGACGGACUACUACCGUAAGGGAGGAAAGGGUCUUCUUCCUGUCCGCUGGAUGGCUCCUGAGUCUCUAAAGGACGGAGUGUUCACUGCACACUCUGACUGCUGGUGA